AUGAACUCCCUCAACAUCAUCACCGCGCGCGUGUCGCCGCCGCCGAGUCCUACCCACUCCCGAUCCAACAGCAUCUCAUCCGGCACGGGCCUGCAAUCCGACGACGACAAGGCGCUCGAUGUGUCUGAGGACAAGGCGGAUGGACAGGAGGCCCAGCCCUUGUCUGCCGAGGGCUCCCUUUCCGAGAAGCGAUUCGAUAACGACGACGAAGCAUCCUUUGCUACCGAAGAGACACCGCUGUUCUGCGAGUCCAAGUCGGACGGGAAGCGCUCGAGGUGGUGGCAUGUGCUGUCACGGGGGAUCGCGUCCAGCAUCAUCAAUACCAUUCGGUGGCUGUUCGCCACGCUGACGGCGCCCGGAUACUUUCUGCUUGCUUGCUUCUACGACGACUUUGGCAAAUUUGCGCCCAUGACGCAGCUGAAAAAGCUGUUUGGCUUCCAUGGCGGCGCGGAUGAUCUAUAUCCAUCGACACCGAAUUCGAAAAAGACUGGCCGCAAUUCGCGGCAUCUCAAAAUCCCGUCUACGCCGUCUCGCUCCUCCAAUACAUCCUCAUCUGGCCUAUCAUCCGAAUCCGAAGACGAGCCCCGUGCCGCCAAGGGCCGGCAUAAUCGAUCCAAGUCCGCCCAGUCCACCGAAGAAACUGGCUCGGCGCGACGAUCCAUCCGAAUCAAACUCAAUGACGAAGAGCAGCGGAAACAUAGAAAGUCUCAGUCUACCGUUUCUCAGGGGAAAGGCGACCUCGGUCGAAGCGAACUGUCCGCACAGCUCAAGUCUCCGACGUCACCCAUCGCCGCCCUAACCAAGUAUCCGAAAACGCCAGCACCGCCACGACCCUUGAUCCCCCGACGACAGCCAUCGUAUCUGAAUCUUUUGGAGCCUUCCAGGAAACAGCAGAAGACGCUGAUCCUAGAUCUUGACGAGACGCUCAUCCACAGCAUGUCCAAGGGGGGAAGAAUGAACAGCGGCCACAUGAUUGAAGUCCAGCUCAACACUGCGACUCUGGGAAUGAGUGGGCAGAACAGCGUUGCGCAGCAUCCAAUCCUGUACUGGGUAAACAAGCGACCUUAUUGUGACGAGUUUCUCCGCAGAAUAUGCAAGUGGUUCAACUUGGUUGUUUUUACUGCUUCGGUUCAGGAGUAUGCCGACCCUGUAAUCGACUGGCUUGAGUCCGAAAGGAAGUUUUUCUCUGCAAGAUACUAUCGACAGCACUGCACAUAUCGACAAGGAGCGUAUAUCAAAGACUUGAGUUCUGUUGAGCCGGAUCUGAGCAAGGUCAUGAUUCUGGACAAUAGCCCACUGAGCUAUUUGUUCCAUGAAGACAAUGCCAUACCGAUCCAAGGCUGGAUAAACGAUCCGACAGAUAGUGAUUUGAUGCAUUUAGUACCUCUGCUGGAAGGCCUCCAGUAUGUUCAUGACGUUAGAGCUUUACUAGGGCUACGCAGCGGCGAGUACGGUCAUCUCCAAGCAUAG